AUGGCACCAUUUUUUACCAACGGAACUUGCGACCCAUUCCACCCGGUCUCAAAACCGUGUACAACUGGAAACCUUGUUCACUAUGCAGUGAACGUCUCGCAGCCUGAGCAUGUCUCGAAAGCAAUGAUGUUUGCAACAACGCAUCAAAUUCGCUUUGUCGUCCGUACCACUGGCCACGACUACAACGGGAAAUCCACAGGGGCUGGUGCUCUGGCUGUCUGGAUGCACAACCUCAAAGACGGUUAUAUCAAAGAUCAUAAUGAUAAACACUACCGAGGAAAACCUGCGAAGCUUGGCGCCUGCAUCCAAGGCAUCGAAGCCUACCGCAUAGCAGAUGCCCAUGGUCUGCGGAUUCUCAGUGGAGCCUGCCCGAGCGUGGAAAACAACUCAGACGACCUAACCUACAAAGCUUUAGAGCUCUAUAACUCUCAGCUAUCCGCUAUUGUGGAUAAAGGUAUCAUAAGCAUGGGAUCUAUCUCGAACACUUCUUUCCAAAUUUCUCCUAUGACCGCUCCGGAUAUCCCAGUCGAGAAGCUUAAUGGAGGAAAAAUUAGUCUUAAUGGUAUGAAUGUCUCCAAAAAUGUCUCUGAUGAUGUUGACAAUGCCGUCCUUACUGCCCGGCGGGAUGCUAUUACACAUGCAUAUCUCAAGACCCCGUGGAAAUUCAACAGCCCCGAGGAGAUGCUUUCCAACCAAAACAAAAAUGACACGGGAUUUUGUUCCUCAAUUGCAGAAUUUGGCCCAGCCUAUCUGAAUGAAGCCGAUUUCCGCCAACCUAACUGGAAGACUGCUUUUUAUGGAGAUAACUACGAGGCUUUGCGCCAAAUCAAAGCAAAAUACGAUCCCCACAGCAUCUUCUAUGGGGUGACCGCAGUUGGCUCUGAUGAGUGGAUUGUCUCGCCUCGUGGAUGUAUGUGCAGAGCAUAG